AUGGCAGGAGGAGGGACGGGAGGCUUCCUGAAGAACUUCGGGCCGCGGUCUGCCGGCCGCAGCGACUUGCAAGACCGAGGGUUUAUAAAAGUGGACUUCAGAAGUUCCCCCUUCUUCCAGCGCAGCAGCGCGGACGCGGGCGAAACGCAGGAGCAGCUUCUGCUGCUGCUGCACCAGGCCCUCGACAGCUGCGUGCUGCUCGAGCGCUACCCCAAGAGCGUCUUGGAGGUUUCUUUUAUGUUUCUCGAAGAAGACGGAGAGAAGCUGCAGCAGCUGUGGGGUGCUGCAGCAGCUGUGGGGUGGGCGCUGGCUGCUGCGCUGACUUGCGCGGGAUUGGCCCUGGCAGACGCGGGCGUGGAGUGUCACGACAUCAUCACGGGGGCUUCUGCGUUCGCCUUCACCUACAAAGACAGCAGCGGGACUCCUCACCAGGCCGUGUGCCUGGACCUCGACGCCUCUGUAAGCACCGCUGCUGCCGCUGCUGCCGCCGCCGCUGCUGCUGCUGCUGCCGCUGCUGCUGCUGCUGCCGCUGCUGCUGCUGCAGCAGCAGAGCGCGUGGGGCGUGUGGGGCUGCAGGAGUACGCGGUGUACAGACACUUCGCGGACUUCACCGCCAUUCACGUGGGCUUCUGUCCCGCCCUCAACUCCAUUUGUUGUCUUCACUGCAGGGGCCCCCUCAUCGCCGGGCCCUCCGGAGAACAGCUGUUCAGUCUCUGCGAAGCUGCUUGUGGGGAAAUUGGCCGCGAAGUUCGGACUUGUUUGAAAAGGGCCUUCGCAGCAAAGGCCCCGGGGGCCCUCCCGGACUUCUCGAGCCCCAAAAGGCCCGCGAGCGAGGGGCCCCACUGA